GCUGGUCGGUACCGGAGGCGUCCAGAGGGACGCGGUACCGUUCGGUGAGCGGCUCGCGCUCACUGCAGUACCGAGGCCGGCCGCGCGCACGCCGGCGCGCUCCCUACCUGGCUCCCCCGCUGAAGUACGUCAGGAAUGCGCGGACAGCGCAUGCGCAGCGUAGCCCCGUGUACGGUACCGCCACAGUGACAACAACCGCCGCCGUUCGGUCGGUUAUUGUCCGCCCGCCGGGCCCCAGAGCCGGAUCCUGACAGAGACCCGGUCCGGCUCACACAUCCGGAGCAGAAGGCGCCUCACAGAGCCGCAGGCCCGGAACAGAGUCCGUGAGACCCGGCAGUACCGAGCCCACCGAACCGGGCCAGCUACUAUCAGCGUCCCGCUCCAGCCCAGAGAGCCAGCCACCGGCAGCUGCGGGCCGUCGGCCCGGGAGAACCGGAGGAUCCCCGCCGCCAGCAGCCCGCCAGCUAACAGGCUAGCAGCACCAUGCCCUCCUCUCGCUGAACGGAACCGGCGACCGGACCGACACCGUUCUGCUCAGCGCGGAGCUACCGGCCACCGUAGCGCCCGGUCACCGCUCACCCUCCGCGGGGCGGCCGAGGAUGGUCGCGGGGACGGGGUCCGCUUCGGAGGAUCGUCCCGGCACCGCCUGCCCCGCAGGACCCGGACUGUGCGGGACCCGGUUCAUGUAGCCCGGUCCGGUCCACUCCGGGGCUGCAGACAUGCAGGCCGCGCAGCCGCAGUACGACUUCUUCAGCGAGGACAACGUCGGCAAGUGGAGAGGCCUGCUGGUUCCGGCUCUGGAGAAGGUGUUGUACCAGGUGCAUCCUAACCUGAAGUCCCAGCAGGAGGCCCUGCAGUACAUCGAGGAUCUGAUCCUGCAGCUGCUCAGCAUGCUGUGCCAGGCUCAGCCGCGCACCGUGCAGGAUGUGGAGGAGCGAGUCCAGCGAAGCUUUCCUCACCCCAUCGAUAAGUGGGCCAUCGCUGACGCUCUCGCUGCCAUCGACAAGAAGAAGAGGAAGCAGCCGCUGGCGCUGCCUGUGGACAAGAUCCAGCCCCUGCUGAAGGAGGUCCUGGGCUAUAAGAUGGACCACCAGGUGUUGGUGUACAUGGUGGCCGUCCUGGAGUACAUCUCAGCCGACAUCCUCAAGCUGGCGGGGAACUACGUGAGGAACAUCCGGCACUAUGACAUCACCAAGCAGGACAUCACCGUGGCCAUGUGCGCCGACAAGGUGUUGAUGGACAUGUUCCACCAGGACGGGGAGGACAUCAGCCUUUUCCCUCUUUUGGACGAGGAGCCGUCAGCCAAUGAGGAGCAGAGUUACUAUGACCUGGUGAGGAGCUUCAUGGCGGACAGCCGGCAGUACCUGAGGCAGCUCAACCUGCUCCUCAGGGUGUUCAGAGAGCCCUUCAUCUCCAGCCCCACGCUCUUCUCACAGCACGACGUGGACAGCAUCUUCAGCCGGAUCGUAGACAUCCAUGAGGUGACGGUAAAACUGCUGGGUCUGAUUGAGGACACUGUGGAGAUGACGGAUGAAGGAAGCCCUCAUCCUCUGGUGGGCAGCUGCUUUGAAGACCUGGCUGAGGAGUUGGCCUUUGACCCCUAUGAGACGUACGCUCAGGACAUCCUGCAUCCUAGUUUCCAGGAACACUUCUUGAGUCAGGUGACCAAACCAGGAGCUUCCCUCCACCUGCAGACCAUCUGUGUCGGUUUCAAAGAAGCGGUCCGGUAUGUUCUGCCCAGACUGCUGCUCACCCCGGUUUACCACUGUCUGCACCUGUUUGAGAUGCUCAAGCAACUGGAGGAGAAGAGUGAGGAUGAGGAGGAUAAGGAGUGUCUGAGGCAGGCUAUCACCGCGCUGCUCAACCUGCAGUCCAGCAUGGAGAGGAUCUGCUCCAGGAACCUGGCCAAGAGGAGGCUCAGUGAGUCGGCGUGCCGUUUCUACAGCCACCAGAUGAAGGGUAAGCACCUCGCCAUCCGGAAGAUGAACGAGAUCCAGAAGAACAUCGAUGGCUGGGAGGGGAAGGACAUCGGCCAGUGCUGCAACGAGUUCAUCAUGGAGGGCACGCUGACCCGCGUUGGUGCCAAACACGAGCGCCACAUCUUCCUGUUCGACGGACUCAUGAUCUGCUGCAAGUCCAACCACGGCCCACCGCGGCUGCCCGGCGCCGGCUCCACGGCCGAGUAUCGGCUGAAGGAGAAGUUCUUAAUGCGCAAAGUCCAGAUCAACGACAAGGACGACAAGGAGGGCGAGUACCGGCACGCCUUCGAGAUCAUCCUGAAGGACGGGAACAGCGUGGUGUUUGCCGCCAAGUCGGCGGAGGAGAAGAACGGCUGGAUGGCGGCGCUGAUCUCGCUGCAGUACCGCAGCACGCUGGAGCGCAUCCUGGACAAAGCGCUGCUGCAGGAGAAGGAGGAGCAGAUGAAGCUGCCGUCGGCCGAGGAGUACCGCUUUGCAGAACCGGACUCGGAGGAGAACGUGGUGUUCGAGGAGAACAUCCAGUCCAAGUCUGGCAUCCCCAUCAUUAAAGCCGGAACGGUUCUGAAGCUGAUCGAGAGGCUGACCUACCACAUGUACGCAGAUCCAAACUUCGUCCGGACCUUCCUGACCACCUACAGGUCGUUCUGUAAACCUCGGGAGCUGCUGGACCUGCUCAUGGAGAGGUUUGAAAUCCCCGAGCCAAGGUCGCCUGAUGCGGAUCCGAUGGAGGGAGGAGAGCAGCUUCUCAGCGCCGACCUGAAACGUUUCCGGAAAGAGUUUGUCCAGCCGGUCCAGCUCAGGGUUCUGAAUGUGUGCCGCCACUGGGUGGAGCAUCACUUCUAUGACUUUGAACGAGACCCUCAGCUGCUGAGUCGACUGGAGGAGUUCAUUGCUUCAGUCAGAGGUAAGGCCAUGAGGAAGUGGGUGGAGUCCAUCACCAAGAUCAUCCAGAGGAAGAAGCAGGUCCAGGUGAGCCUGCCCAAUCACAGCAUCACCUUCCAGAGCUCGCCGCCUGCCAUCGAAUGGCACAUCUGUAAACAAGGAAACACCGAGCAGUUCGACCUCAUGACUCUCCAUCCCAUCGAGAUCGCCCGCCAGCUUACUCUGCUCGAGUCUGAAUUCUAUAGGGCGGUGCAGCCGUCGGAGCUGGUCGGCAGCGUCUGGACCAAGGAGGACAAAGAGCUGCACUCUCCCAACCUGCUGAGGAUGAUCCGCCACACCACCAACCUGACGCUGUGGUUUGAGAAGUGCAUCGUGGAAACGGAGAACCUGGAGGAGAGAGUCGCUGUCGUUUCCCGCAUCAUCGAGAUCUUGCAAGUUUUCCAAGAACUCAAUAACUUCAAUGGCGUUCUGGAGGUGGUCAGCGCCAUGAACUCCUCACCUGUCUACAGACUGGACCACACCUUUGAGCAAAUCCCGAGUCGCCAGAGAAAGAUCCUGGAAGAAGCUCAUGAGCUGAGUGAAGAUCACUACAAGAAGUAUUUGGCUAAGCUUCGCUCCAUCAACCCUCCCUGUGUCCCGUUCUUUGGAAUCUAUCUGACCAACAUCCUGAAGACAGAGGAGGGAAACCCCGACUUCCUGCGCAGACACGGCAAAGAACUGAUCAACUUCAGCAAGAGGCGGAAAGUUGCAGAGAUCACGGGAGAAAUCCAACAGUACCAGAACCAGCCGUACUGCCUGAGCGUUGAGGCCGACAUCAGGAAGUUCUUCGAGAACCUGAACCCGAUGGAGGACAUGUCGGAGAAGGACUUCGCUGAUCAUCUCUUUAACAAGUCUUUGGAGAUCGAACCUCGAAACACGCGGUCAUUGCCUCGUUUUGUGAAGAAGUACACCUGUCCUCUGAAGUCUCCGGGGAUCCGACCCACAUCCGCCAGGCUCGGCACCGUGAGACACCCCACACCUCUGCAGAACGAGCCCAGGAAGAUCAGCUACAACCGGGUGACAGACAGCGAGUCCGAAGGGGGUGCCGUCUCUGCUCCAAACUCCCCCCGUACGCCGCUGACUCCACCCCCAGCCUCCGCCGCGUCCAGCUCCACUGAUGUAGGCAGCGUGUUUGACUCGCCUCAGGGUCCCAGCAGCCCUUUCCAUUCAACCUGCGACAGCAUAUUUGCUGUUAUCUCUCUGCCUCGCGGCCCACGGUCCUCCUCCGUCUCCUCCAUGGUGAGUUUCACUCGGGCUUCAGAGGAUACGCCUGUUCCCCCUCCAGUUCCUCCACGCAGAAGACCAGAAUCAGCCCCUUCUGAGUCCUCCCCUUCCAAGUCAAAGUUGGAGAGCCCCCCCGCUGUGCCUCCUCGGCAGCCCACAUGUAAGCUCCUCCCCCCUCGUUACUCCUCGUCGUUGUCCUCGUCUCCUCCUGACAGCCCCCCCCUGUUACCUCCUCGAGAGCCCCUCAGUUCACCCCUGCACCUCCUCCCUCCCCCCCAGGGGCGCGCUCGCUGCGAGGUUUUGUCUCAGGCCUUCUUUCCCUCCAACACUUCUUCUUCUUCAACUACUUGCUCCACCCCUACAACCUUGUCGUGCUCCCCGCCCCUCCCUCCUGUGCCCCUCACCCCCACAGGAAGAAAGAUGCCUUUACCCUCCCCCCCCCUAGAUGGCCCCCCAGUACCUCCACGCCACAGCGUCCCCAAACUGCCUCCCAAGACGUACAAGAGGGACUCUCUGAGCCACGCCCCCCUGCUGGGCACGCCUCCUGCUCUAUGAUUGGACAUCUUGUGAAAGAGACGGAGCUGGAAACGCUAUAGCUAAUUGGAUCAGAACAUGGAGGUGAUCCUGGCAGAACCAAGCUGAAACUGGAUCCAAAUGGUGUGCUCCUACUACAUAAUUUGGAAAACUUUCUUCUUUGUGGUCAUUUCUGUUCCUCGUCUGUAAGCUGGGACCUGAGAGAACCGGAUCAGAUCCAAUGGCACCUGAUGGAAUGUGUUCAGAACUAAUUGGACCCGAUAGAACCGGAUCAGAUCCAAUGGCACCUGAUGGAAUGUGUUCAGAACUAAUUGGACCCGAUAGAACCGGAUCAGAUCCAAUGGCACCUGAUGGAAUGUGUUCAGAACUAAUUGGACCCGAUAGAACCAGAUCACAACUGGUUGGACUUGACGCUUAACAGAGGCUGUGGGAACUGUGGAUCACAGCCUAAAGGUACUGACCCAGAACCUAAGAGGUACUGAUGUUGGUUCUGGUGGACCUGAUGUUUGUUAUUGUUGUUGUUGAUGUAAACAAAGAAGGGAAUAAAUGUUUCUGCCUCUGA